GUAUCCUGCAAUCAAGAAAAUCUUACAGUAAAUACUUUCGAUUCUAUUCGGUCCGUCUCAGUUCAUAUUUCACAACCUUGGAGAAUGGUGGCAGGAGUGACCGCGCCCAACGGUACGGAGCUGCCGCGCCCUGAGACCUCGGUAGGGCCAACAUAUUCCUUCAUGGCGCAGAUGACGGCGGUUAUCUACUUAUAUUGGCCCUUCUUCACCGCAACUAUAGGCAUCAUUGGUAACAACAUGUCCCUCCUCAUCACAACCAAGAAAGACAACCGCAAACACAGCACCUGCGUCUACAUGGCCGGCUUGGCGAUCGUGGACACUUGCUUCGAAUUCGUCGUCUCCGCUUACAAGAUUGUUGUGUUCCAUGGUGUUGGCAAGAAUAUGGAAGAGAAUUUGAUGUUUUUAAGCUUCAUUUGGUACGGCGCAGAUGCAUUUGCCAUCACAUCCGGGCUCUUUCUGGCGGAAAUGAGCAUAGACCGCGCAAUCGCAGUGACAUUUCCGAUGAAAGCAGCUUCCAUCUGCACGGCUUCAAGGGCACUCAAGGUCACAGUCGUGACAUGCGUAAUACAACUGACAUUCAACAUCCAAGCGUUUUUUAGCUACAAAUUACCGGACCCACCCAAUGGCGUUGUACUUCGUCACGUGCCAAACAUGCCAUGGGUGGAACAAUUUUUGAAUUUUUACCAAGUUUUAUUCGGUACUAUUUUACCUUUCUCCAUUUUAAUCAUCUGUAAUACAAUUAUUAUCAUUAACGUGCGACGCGCUUCUAAGAAACGGAAAAAAAUGGAUUUAUCAAAAUCUCACCGGAAGUCCAAAGAACCUAACCUGACCGCGCUACUCCUAGUGACAUCAUUUGCUUACUUCGUCUGCUCUAUUCCAAAGAGAAUCUACGAGGCGAUUGUUCCAGCGUUUAUUCAAUACGACCUGGACGACCCCUACUGGGGCACGCGCUACUGGUUGCAGUGGUGGAUCUUCACAGAGAUUUGGCAUCUUAAUUUCGCCAUUAAUUUUUAUGUUUACUUUCUUGGUGGAGGGGCCAAAUUCCGGCGGGACGCCAAGGAAAUCUUUACGAAGUAUUUUAAAGAUGUCUUGAGAGACAAUCGAGGAAUGGCCAUGACACAAUCUACUGCAACCAGACAGAGUCGGCCAUGCCACAGUCUACCAUCAUCGUAAGCUAGAGUCGGCCAUGCCGCAAUCUACCAUCAUCAUCGCAAACUGGAGUCGGCCAUGCCACACAGUAUGCCACAAUCUACCAUCACAGCAAGCUAGAGUCAGCCAUGGCACAAUCUACCAUCGCAUGCUGGAGUUGACCACAGCACAAUCUACCAUCACAAGCUAGAGUUGGCCACAGCACAACCCACCAUUGCAAGCUGUAGAUAGAGUCGAGCAUGGCACAAUCUACCAUCAUCGUAAGCUAGAGUCGGCCCUGGCACAAUCUACCAUCAUCGUAAGCUAGAGUCGGCCCUAGCACAAUCUACCAUCGCAUGCUGGAGUUGACCACAGCACAAUCUACCAUCACAAGCUAGAGUUGGCCACACCACAACCCACCAUUGCAAGCUGUAGAUAGAGUCGAGCAUGGCACAAUCUACCAUCGCGAGACGUAUUAGACGGAAGAGAAUGGCACAAUCUACCAUCGCAAGACAGAGUCGAGCAUGGUGCAGUCUACCAUCGAUAUUGAUUUUGUAUUUGUAAUUUCUAACAUUAACUAUGAAUUUCGGCUUUAAAGAUUUAAAGAUUUACAGAUUGCGAAUCGUCUCCACCGCAUUUUCUUUAAGUGGUUCACAACGGUCCACCUUACAGAACACGCCCAAGAAUAGUGAUUUCGUGUCUUUUGACUGCGAUGGCAACUAGAUACACACUUCAGUUGGAUGUCAGAAGCAGUUGGUCGAUUGCUUCUAAGAUGCAUCCGGAUGCGACCAGAUUAGGAUACACUUUGUCGCCACUUCAGUGGAGACCAAAGAAUAGAAGAAAUAAGUCGGAUGCGACCAGAUGGGGUUAUAUUUCGCCACUGGACUGUCGGGAAUGAAUGUAGUAUCGCAUGAUGGUGAGCACGGCGAGUGUGUAAUGUGACUGACGUCGUCAGUCUUAGGAUGUCCUCCUGCGAGAUAUUUAUAUUUUCUCCUCAAUGAUUUUCUAUAUUUUCUCAUUUUGUCAACAUGGGAUUGAGACGACAACAACCUGUUGAUAUAGUGUGAGAAUCGGAAAACCGUUGUCGUCAUUACCGAAGAUGCAUGAGACCACACGUCCACUUUGUGGUCAGACCGGACCUGACCCGUCCCACUGCAACAUAGCGGAUCGUAGCCUAUUUAAAUGGGCUAGCCGGUGCUAUGCAGAGAUGGUGCGCAUUACUCCGGAUGUCGUCUGCAGUCACAAUCCGAAAAUGAUGAGGAAAUAGUGCUGGCCGCAUGGCUGAGGUCAUCUUCCUCGGAGUAUAGUUGACAGCAAAUUCGACCAGGAGCCCACACCGCUUUGAAGGUGGCAUGCCGCACCUGCCGCCAAAUCGCUUAAAAGAAGUGGUGUUGUCGUCUAAAAAGCCGCGACGACUUCUGAUAGAGUUUAUAGCAUAUGCACGAUCUUCGAGCAUUUUCAAUGGAGCUAGCGAAUUAGUCCAUUCAUCUGCACGAUUAUUUGGCAAGAUGAUACGCGUAUUUCCCGUCGCCAAAACAGAAGACAUCGAGAACGGCCCCGUGGGAAAGAGCCGUUCUGGGGGUAUUUUGUCACUCAUCGCCACGAACUGUGUCUCGGUUUAAUGUAUAGCGACCCUGAACCCAGCGGACAGAGUUGCUGUAAACUAUCGACAAUCUCUUUAUUAUGUACCUCCGUACUACUGACGGCGUUGCAAUAUCAGAAGUCGCGAGCAGAUAAGCACCUGGAAGACUGACCAACAAUACCAGAUAACCAGCUGGAAGAGUGAACACCGAGACCAGCUGGAGGACAGUUAACAUCCAAGAAUAUUGGAAUUAGUCCUUAAAGCCCUCUACCCAGCUCUCAAAACCUCACUAUGUAUAACGAAAUUCUUCGAUACCUCAUUCCAUUUCAUACGGACGCCAGG